AUGUUUCUCCUUUAACAAUCAGUGCUAUUUUUGAUAUAUAUAAAGAAGUUGUUAACAUGAGUGAUGAAGAAAUGAAAAACUUAAAAACAAUAAUAAUAAAUAAUUUAGACAAUUAUCUUGAUGUUUCAUGGUUUACAGCAUAUUCUUCAGCAUUAGCAACAUCGAUUGAUUUUUACAAGAAAGCAAAAACAAGAUAUUUCACAAAACAACAUUUUCUUGAUAUUGUAUACAAAAUAUUGGUAUUAUGA